GAGAUGAAGCAUACAAUUUACAAACAUAAAAGACACUUGAACCCCAUGCCCCCUCCCCUCUUUCAUCUCUAGAAAACACCUCCGAUUCCAACCCCCCCCCCUCUCUCUAUAUGCAUCUUGUAAUUGAAUAGAGCAUCGCCUUUAUUUCUCAUUAUAAUCACAAUAAAAGAUUUAAUCGAAAGAGGAUUAGAAUGAAAAAGCGAGGUAGACACAACCUGGACUCGGCGAUUCUCGAUGUCUCGCAACGCGAAGUCGGCCAGAUCUCUAAUCGCAUCUUCGCUCAACGUCUCGCUGCUUCCGAGGAUCUUGUGCUGCGUCUUGAUCUUCAUGGGAAACUGGAGAUGCACAGAGGUUGCGUGAACACCGUAAGCUUUAGUUCUGAUGGUGACAUUCUUGUUUCAGGCUCUGAUGACCGCAGGGUUAUACUGUGGGAUUGGCAAUCUGGGUGUGCUAAACUGGCAUUUCACAGUGGUCAUAAUAACAAUGUCUUCCAAGCGAAAUUCAUGCCGUUCUCGGAUGACAGAAGCAUUGUCACAUGUGCUGCUGAUGGGCAGGUGAGGAGUGCUAAGAUUCUUGAACGUGGUCAUGUGGAAACUAAAUUGUUAUCUAGACAUCGUGGACGAGCUCAUAAGCUGGCAAUUGAACCUGGAAGCCCUCAUAUCUUCUAUACAUGUGGUGAAGAUGGACUGGUCCAACAUUUUGACCUGAGAACUGGAGCUGCUACAGAACUAUUUACUUGCCAAUCUACCCAAGAUGGUCUAAUGCCAGUUGUUCGUCUGAAUGCGAUUGCAAUAGACCCAAGAAACCCUAAUCUGUUCGCAGUUGCAGGCUCAGAUGAAUAUACUAGGCUCUAUGAUAUUCGGAGGUACAAGUGGGAUGGCUCCUCUGAUUUUGGUCAGCCGGCUGACUAUUUUUGCCCUCCACAUUUAAUUGGGGAUGGGCUGGUGGGCAUAACUGGUUUGGCAUUCUCUGAUCAAAGUGAGCUACUUGCCACUUACAAUGAUGAAUUCAUAUAUCUGUUCUCGAAGGACAUGGGGUUGGGACCCGAUCCAGAUUUCGCCUCUCCUAAAUAUAUGGACAGUGAUGCUGAUGAAAUGAAAUCUCAUCAUGCCUCGGCUGAAUCGUCCUCCGGUAACAAUUCUAAUGUAGUAGCUUCUCCACAAGUUUACAAGGGGCAUCGAAACCGUGAAACAGUGAAGGGUGUAAGCUUUUUUGGGCCUAGAUGUGAGUAUGUUGUAAGUGGGUCAGAUUGUGGACGGAUUUUCAUUUGGAGGAAGAGAACUGGGGAGCUCUUACGAGUUAUAGAAGCAGAUAAAAAAGUGGUUAAUUGUAUCGAGGCUCAUCCUCACACAGCAGCACUGGCUAGCAGUGGGAUCGAGAGUGACAUAAAACUAUGGAUUCCAAAAGCUGCUGAGAGAGCUACUCUCCCCAAAAACAUUGAAAAGCUAAGACCUAAGGCUAGGGGCUGGAUGUCCAUGGCUUCACCUGAGGACCUGAUGUUGCAACUCUUUUCACUUCAGAGGCGGAGGACAGGUUCUGAGGACAAUGACCAGCAGUCAAUGAUACGCCAUGAGCUGCUUGAGCUUAUGUACGAUGCUAACAGUGAUGGUUCUUCUGAAGCUGAUGGCUAUACCUCUAGUGAAGACCUUUUUGGUUGAAUGUUGAUGUCUCCUUGCUCUUAGCGGGACUUGGGAAUUGUAAAUAGUAUAACAAAUAAGUGUCAAUACUUUGGAAACUUGGUGUUGUCUUUCUCAUCAUUUUGUCUGGUGUAACUUUCUGAAAUUCUACAAAUCUUUUGUUCAGUUAUCUCUACAUAAGUAAUUGGUCAAUACGGCUUGUUAUAAGCAUGGCCGUUGGACCUAGUUUAUAUACUUCUGCAAUAACUUCCGUCUGAGUACUUAAAUUUCAGUUCAACAGCAUUGUUAUCAUUUA